AUGGAUAGCGAUGAGUAUAAAAAAGAAGUUGAAGCAAAUGUAAAGGCAGAAAAACUUUUACAGUUGCAAAACCAAACCGUACAGUAUGAAAACUUAGCACAAGAAAGUAAAAAUAACGACGCAGCCAUGCAAAAGGCAAUGAAAAGCGCAGAAUAUAUAAAAGCUAACAAUGACUGGUUAGAUGCCCAAGCCAACGCUAAAGCAGCCCAACUCAUAGGGUCAAUAAGGACAAAAAUACAAGCGGAUGAAGACAGUUCAAAUGAAACUUUAACAAAUGCUGACUUUAAGAACGCCUUCGAAGCUCUUCAUAGUAAGGUGAAACAAGUGAACGACUUCUCAUCUGGAAAGAAACUGAAGUCUGAAGGUUUCGACAAAGAGUUAAAAGAAGUAGCACAAAAUAUGACGAAAAUAACAGAUGCAGCAACGAGACAGGCAGUUCAAAGUGCCUAUGACGCCGUUAGAGCAACUGUUGUGAAAAGUCAAGAAAAAGAGUUACAACAGACCAAAACAGACCUAGUAAAUGCUUUCUUAAAAACGAAAAGUCAGGUAGGACAUUACGCUGCAGAUGGAACAUAUGUGCCAGCUGGUGGAACUUAUAUACCACCAAACCCUCCAAGAGAAGCACCUGCACCAGGACUACCUAAAACAUUUACAUCGUCACAUGGACAUAGACACAGGCAUGCACCAAAACCAACACAACAACCAACACAACAACCAGCACAGCAACCAACAGUUCAAAACCCUGCACAACAACAACCACAAACAGAGCAAGGACAUAAAAGAAGUAGAGAACAAGGAAACCAAGAAUUCUUAAAAAUGCUUAAAGAAGAGUGUGGUUUCCCAGAUAGUAUUGACUUUAGUGACAGAUAUAAAGAAGCUAUUGGAAAGUUCAAGGAUGGAAAUACUGACCCGAACCUAUUUAGCUUUAUGGCUCAGCACCAAAACGGAUAUAAUCUCAAACCUGGAAAAUACAAGCUCGCUAAGGGAUAUGAUUUAAUAGCAUAUCAUCCAAAUGACAUGAACGAAUUUACUCCGAGAUAUUUGAUGUCAGAGCUAAAUGACAAUUCAACUUUCGUCAUGAAACGCGUAAAAAAUAGAGACGGAACGAAAGAACAAAAGCUUAUGAAUGCGGAUGACGUAGAUAGGGAAAUUGUUGAAAACGGUCUCGGAAUAUAUGAAAUGCCAGCAGAUGAGGUACAAGAAACUCCACAGGAAGAAGUUCAGAUACAACCAGACAUGGAAGAAAUAGUUCAGCAACAACAGCUAGAAGAGCCUGAAGGAAACGAACAAGUCCCUCCUUUGGAAACUAACUUCACAGAACCAGAUGAAGAUUUGGAACAGCCGAAAAAUCUUGACCCUCAACAAGUGUAUGCGGAGAAUAUGGAAUCUUUCCAAGAGUCUAAGAAAAAUUCGGCUGACAUAGUAGAAGAAUAUCGAAAAAUGUUCGCCGACAUACAAAAGACUCCAACAUCAGAUGAAAAAUAUUCAGCAAAGAAUGGAAGAACUGAAAGAAAAUGUACGCAAAUACAACAAUCCUUUUUACUUACGAGCAUUUAA